UUUCCAUCACUAUCAUGAAGAAAAGCAGGAGUGUGAUGACUGUCACCACAGAGGGGAAUGCUAAAGAUUACUUAGAAUGUGGGCUCAGCAAGUCUUACAGUGCGUCUAGUAACACACUUGGCAUAGAUCUCUGGAGAGGAAGAAGAUGUUGCUCUGGUAAUUUACAGUUACCACCACUGUCCCAAAGACAGAGUGAAAAAGCAAGAACACCAGACAGAGAGAACAUUUCUAGACCCACAACUUUGCCUUUAUUGACCCUUCCCAGCAUUGCAAUUACUACUUACCAAGAUAGCUUUGAUGUGGAAAAUGGCCCAUCGCCAGGUCGCAGUCCACUGGACCCUCAGGCUGGCUCUUCUUCAGGACUUGUGCUCCAUACUACUUUUCCAGGGCACAGCCAGCGCAGGGAGUCAUUUCUGUAUAGAUCAGACAGUGACUAUGACCUGUCACCAAAGACCAUGUCAAGGAAUUCCUCUCUUCCAAGUGAACAACAUGGAGAUGACCUGAUAGUUACACCUUUUGCACAGGUCUUGGCAAGUUUGAGAAGUGUAAGAAAUAACUUUACAUUACUGACCAACCUGCAAGGAACAUCAAAUAAGAGAUCACCGGCAGCAAAUCAGCCACCAGUGCCCAGGGUUAACGUUCAAGAGGAAUCUUAUCAAAAAUUAGCAAUGGAAACUUUGGAGGAAUUGGACUGGUGUUUAGACCAACUUGAAACCAUUCAGACCUACCGAUCUGUUAGUGAGAUGGCAUCAAAUAAGUUCAAGAGAAUGCUGAAUCGGGAGCUGACACAUCUUUCAGAAAUGAGCCGAUCAGGGAAUCAGGUGUCUGAAUAUAUUUCGAACACUUUCCUAGACAAGCAGAACGAUGUGGAGAUUCCCUCUCCCACACAGAAGGACAGAGAGAAAAAGAAAAAGCAGCAGCUCAUGACACAGAUCAGUGGUGUGAAAAAGCUAAUGCAUAGCUCAAGCUUGAAUAAUACUAGUAUUUCAAGAUUUGGUGUGAAAACAGAAAAGGAAGAUCAUCUAGCCAAGGAGCUGGAGGAUUUGAAUAAAUGGGGUCUGAACAUAUUUAAUGUUGCAAGAUAUUCCCACAGUAGACCUCUCACCUGCAUUAUGUAUAACAUUUUUCAGGAGAGAGACCUGCUGAAGACAUUCAAGAUCUCAUCAGACACCUUUAUAGCUUACAUGAUGACUUUGGAGGAUCACUACCAUUCCGACGUAGCUUACCACAACAGUCUCCAUGCAGCUGAUGUAGCCCAAUCAACUCAUGUUCUUCUGUCCACACCAGCUUUGGAUGCUGUCUUCACUGAUUUGGAAAUUCUUGCAGCUAUUUUUGCAGCAGCAAUUCAUGAUGUGGAUCACCCCGGUGUCUCCAACCAGUUUCUUAUUAAUACAAAUUCUGAACUUGCUCUUAUGUACAAUGAUGAGUCUGUCUUGGAAAACCACCAUCUUGCUGUAGGUUUCAAGCUGCUACAAGAAGAGCAUUGUGACAUCUUCCAGAAUCUGACCAAGAAACAGCGUCAAACUCUCAGGAAAAUGGUGAUAGAUAUGGUUUUGGCAACAGAUAUGUCCAAACACAUGUCCCUCUUGGCAGACUUAAAGACUAUGGUGGAAACUAAAAAAGUGACAAGUUCUGGAGUCCUCCUCCUAGAUAACUACACAGACAGAAUACAGGUUCUCCGAAAUAUGGUCCAUUGUGCAGAUUUAAGUAAUCCCACAAAAUCCCUUGAACUCUAUCGGCAGUGGACAGACAGAAUUAUGGAAGAGUUUUUCCAACAGGGAGACAAAGAACGGGAGAGAGGGAUGGAAAUAAGCCCAAUGUGUGACAAACACACAGCUUCUGUAGAGAAGUCACAGGUUGGGUUUAUUGAUUAUAUUGUCCACCCACUUUGGGAGACAUGGGCAGACCUAGUGCAGCCUGAUGCCCAAGAUAUCCUGGAUACCCUAGAAGACAACAGGAAUUGGUACCAGAGUAUGAUACCUCAAAGCCCCUCCCCUCCCCCUGAAGAACGCAACAGAGACUGUCAGGGCCUGAUCGAGAAGUUCCAAUUUGAGCUUACCCUUGAAGAAGAGGAUUCCGAUGGCCCUGAGAAAGAGAGUGAUGGUAUCAGCUAUUUCAGCAGUACAAAGACACUCUGUGUGACUGACCAUGGGAAAAGGGAUUCCCAAAGGGGAGCUAAUAUAGAAAUUCUAACAGAAGAUACAUCACCUAUUGAUACUUAAUGUACUGUAUCUGUAUUGGUGAAUUUAAAUGCUUCAUGCACGUGCAGGUUGUCUCGCCGACAAAUCUGAAAUCUAGGUCUUCAGCCAGCAUCUACCAUUGGCUAAAGGACCUUUCCAGCUACUUGAGAUUGGAGUCAGGGUUAAAGAGUGUGUAGUGACUGCUCAGGAAAUUAACAGGCGAUUUAUAUUGCUGCUUAAGCAUUGUCAGCCAAAACACAAAAUCAUUGUGGUGGUCUGGAGCAAAUGUGAGUUGUUACUGAAUGAGACUGAUAAUGAAUGACACACAACUGAAAUAUUUUCUAUUCCUAAGAAAUUUUGAAAUCUAGACAGGUCUGAUAGCUAGAACUACUGAUUCAUAACUCUGCAUUUAAAACUUGUCCACCUGUUUGCAGACCCGUGUGCCUUUUUUAUAAACACUUCCACGUCUUUUUUGAAAAACCUACUAAAUCCGCAACAAAAUGUGUUUGAUAGCGAUGUAUUUUUUUUAUUAUUCCUGUUUUAAUGAAAGAAGUCUUCCUUUUUACAGGCAAUACUUGUUACUUUAUUGCAGUUUAAUCACUUUGACUCACUAAAUAGAGCAGGGUGCCCUCCUCCUUGCAUUACUGCACCAUUGGUCACUUUAUCUGCCUUGCAAAACCUGUGUAGCUCCUCUGUUUGCUUGCUACUGAAAACGGUAUUCUCCAUUCAACUGUUUUUGACUUUUUUUGUGCACAGGAUAAAGUAUAGCUUUGUGUUCUCAUAGCACAAUACAGCACAUGUAAAAACAACAACAACAACAGCAUACUGAGGUAGUGUGAUGUACAUCUUCCCCUCAUUGUAGUUUUGUUUUUUUAAACUCUGUGGAAAUUGUACACUUGGUCCUUUUGUGUUCUUUUUCCUGCAUAGUUCAUGUCCACUAGGUUUAGUCUCCUUUUUCUCUCCUGCACUUGCCUUGAGCUCUAAUACGUCCAGUACUGUUUAUAACAGUGUAUUUAUUACUUAAUGUAUAUAAUGUAAUGUUUUGUAAGUAUUAAUUUAUAUAAAUUAACAUUGCCUGUCAGUGGUGAUGUUACUUGUGUAGAAGACUCUGGAUAAGAGUUGCCUUUCUUGUAACUUUUUUUGUAUUGCAUAAAAUAGAUGAACCUGAACAUAGCUUAAAAGAGACAUGAAACCCAUAGAGGGCAUUCAAGUGGCAUUGGCUCACAGGGGUUUCAUUUUCACUAGGAUUUGGGAAAUCAUCAUUGUCGGUGACCGAGAGAGGUUUAGAAUGGUCUGUUCAGAUGAUGUGAAACUACUGAAUAAGAAAAAAAAAAACCCUAGUAAAUGCCACAAAAUGUUAAGUGUCAUUUUCCAAUUUACGAACAAGCCAAUGUGAAUUUCUAUGACAAAAUGUGAACUGAUGUUAUAAUUGUGCUGUGAAACUUCUUCCAACAAAGCUUGUUAGGCAUGUUUAUAGUGCCGAUUUCAGUUAGUAAAUCUAUAUUUCAAGCUUUCAAUCCAACUUGUAACUAACUAGUUGAUGAAAAUAGCACAGUUGUGCAUGAUCAGUGGGUUUGUAUGUCUGUUGAACACUGCAUUGUUUCAGGUGGUUAUUUUAUUGUUUCAAAGUUUCACACAAUGUAUGUUGUUAUAGUAUUAUAUAUUGUGUUCAGAUGCAUUCUUAAGAGAUUUUUAUAUGAAGUGAAUAAAUGAAAGCAUGACUUAGA